UGAUAUGUACAUAAUAUGUGAAAGCCAGAGAGAGAGAGAGAGAGAGAGAGAAGUGAAUAGCCAAGAGAGAGUUGAGGAGAGUUGUAGUAAAUUUGAUUUGAAUCAGAGAGGGAGAGAGAGAGAGUGAUGAGGUUAAUAAGAGUAAUAGAAGCAGCACGCGUUGGGGGGAUGAUGAGGAUGAUGGCAGUGCCACCUGUGAAGCGUUUCUCACAUCUGCCUUCCAUGCACGCCCCCUUUUCUCUCCUCUCUCGCCAGAUAACCAUGGAUGCAAAGAAUAUUGCCUCUCGGCUAAAUAGUUCUGGUCUAUUACGCACUCAGGGCCUUCUUGGAGCGAAAUGGGCUGAUGCAUAUGAUGGGAAGACCAUAGAGGUUUCCAAUCCAGCAACUGGUGAAGUUAUAGCAAAUGUCCCCUGCAUGGGUCAUAAGGAGACAAAUGAUGCAAUAUCUUCAGCGCAUGAUGCAUUUGAUUCUUGGAGCAAAAUCACUGCCGCUGAACGGAGCAAAUGCCUAAGGAAAUGGUAUGAUUUGUUAAUAUCGCACAAAGAAGAACUUGGACAACUGAUAACGUUGGAGCAAGGGAAACCUCUAAAAGAAGCCCUGGGUGAGGUUAGCUAUGGGGCUGGUUUUAUCGAGUUCUUUGCUGAGGAGGCAAAACGUGUAUAUGGUGACAUAAUUCCAUCGACCCUUGCUGAUCGGCGGUUGUUUGUCCUGAAGCAGCCUGUAGGUGUUGUUGGUGCAAUUACCCCAUGGAACUUUCCCUUAGCUAUGAUUACCCGCAAGGUUGGCCCUGCACUUGCUUGUGGCUGUACGGUGGUUGUAAAACCCUCUGAACUUACACCCUUGACUGCUUUGGCGGCAGCUGAGCUCGCUCUUCGAGCUGGAAUACCACCGGGUGUUGUCAACAUUGUUAUGGGAAAUGCUCCUGAGAUUGGGGAGGCGUUACUUGCCAGUCCACAGGUAAGAAAGAUCACCUUCACUGGAUCAACGGCUGUAGGGAAGAAGUUGAUGGCAGGUGCAGCUGGGACUGUUAAAAAAGUAUCUCUAGAACUUGGUGGGAAUGCACCCUGCAUAGUCUUUGAUGAUGCAGACCUGGACGUGGCGGUAAAAGGAGCUCUUGCAGCGAAAUUCCGUAACAGUGGACAAACCUGUGUUUGUGCGAAUAGGAUUAUUGUGCAAGAAGGAAUCUAUGACAAAUUUGCAAAUGCUUUUGCAAAAUCCGUCCAAAAUCUGCAAGUUGGGAAUGGCUUUAGUGAUGGUGUGGCCCAGGGUCCUCUAAUCAACGAAGCUGCAGUACAAAAGGUUGAAUCAUUUAUCCAAGAUGCCAUCACAAAGGGAGCAAAAGUUAUUCUUGGAGGGAAAAGGCAUACUCUAGGAAUGACCUUUUAUGAGCCUACGGUUGUUAGUGAUGUCAAGAGUGAGAUGCUUCUCUCAAGAGAGGAAGCAUUUGGACCAGUGGCACCGCUAUUGCGGUUCAAAACUGAGGAGGAGGCUAUCCGCAUUGCUAAUGAUACCAAUGCAGGGUUAGCUGCAUAUGUAUUUACAAACAGUAUUCAACGGUCAUGGCGUGUCUCUGAAGCCCUUGAGUACGGACUUGUCGGUAUCAACGAAGGCAUAAUUUCAACGGAGGUGGCUCCAUUUGGAGGUGUCAAACAGUCAGGUCUUGGACGGGAGGGUUCCAAGUAUGGGAUAGAUGAGUAUUUGGAACUUAAGUACGUGUGCUUGGGGAAUAUGAACAGCAAUUGAUAAUCAAGUUUUUGCAAUGGAGCUUGAGCUAGAAAGCUUUAAAUACAAGUUGGAAGAGGUUUGAGCUGGGAAGAAUCUGCAUUGCCAACUGAAGCUCUCCUUAAAAGGCAGAGCAUGGAAGGAGGCAGUGUAAAAUGUAAAUGGCUGACUUUAUCCUUCAAAUGUGUGCAUCUAAAUAAGUGUGGACUUGCACAGUUUAAUCCCUUGCAUAUUGUGUAGUAAAGCCUGCUCUUUAGUUUUA